CUCUCUCCUCCCUCUCCACCCAAAUCUAUAACAAAAAAAGAAAGAAAAACAACAUUUUCAAUAUAGAAAUACACCUAACCUAAUGGCUCUAAUGUGGUUAAUGUUUUCUUCCCCCACAAAAGAAGAUCCCCAUGAAAAUUUCCAUAUUUUCCCUUCUAAAAUAAUGAUCUUUCCAUACAUAUAAUAUAACCCGUCACUUUAAUUUUCUCUUGUAUUGAUUUCUCUCUCCAAAAUAAAAAGAUUGAUUCUUUAUGGGUUACCUCUCAUGUAAAGCUCAAUCUUCCAUUGAUGUCACAAAUCCUCACAACUCAUCAACUAACUUGCAUAAACAAAAAUACCCAAAUAAAAAUUCCCAUGAAACACACAUCAGAAUCAAAGAAUUUAAAUACAAUGAUCUUGAAAUAGCUACCAAUAGUUUUUCUGAACAAAAACUUCUUGGUAGAGGAAGUCAUGGUCUUGUUUACAAAGCUGUUCUUUCUAAUGGGCAUCUUGUAGCUGUUAAAAAGCCUUCAACAAAGCAACAACAACCUAAAACUUGUGAUGAAUUUGACAAUGAAUUCCACAUUUUGUCUAAUCUUCAAAGUUCAAGGUUUGUUAAUUUAGUUGGUUUUACUAGUAAUUAUGAUGAAAAUUCUAGAAAUGAUAGAUUGCUUGUUGUUGAAUUUAUGUGUAAUGGUACUUUAUAUGAUGUUUUGCAUAAAAAUUCAAAGGUUCCAAAUUGGGGUAGGAGGAUUAAAUUAGCUCUACAAACUGCUAAAGCUGUUGAAAUUUUGCAUUCACAAUGUCCACCUGUGAUUCAUAGGGAUAUUAAAUCAGCUAAUGUGUUACUUGAUAGAAAUCAUAAUGCUAAAUUGGGUGAUUUUGGGCUUGCUUUGAGGUGUAAUUUGGAUGAUUUUCGACUCCGGUCAACGCCACCUGCAGGAACAAUUGGGUAUUUGGAUCCAGGUUAUGUGACUCCUGAUAAUUUGAGUACUAAAACUGAUGUAUUUAGUUUUGGGAUUUUGUUGUUGGAGAUAAUAAGUGGUAGGAAAGCUAUUGAUAUUGAUCAUUCACCACCUUCAGUAAUUGAUUGGGCUAUACCUUUAGUAAGACAAGGGAAACUUUUAGCUAUUUUUGAUCCUAGGAUUCUUCCUCCUAAGGAUCCUAUGGUUAGGAAGCAAUUGGCUGUGAUUGCUGCAAAAUGUGUGAGAUCUAAUAGGGAGAGACGGCCAUCGAUGAAGGAGGUUGUCGAGGCUCUUGAUAGGUUAAGCAAGUUGGUACCGUUGCAUUCGUGGAAUGGUCUAACGAAUCCUUGCUUGAUGGUAGAGAAUGUUGGGCAGCCUGUUGGAUUACCUAAUGGACAUAUAAAUACAAGGUUUAAGGGUUUGGAGUGUGGAAAUUUUUCUGAUGUAGAUGGUAAAUUUGCUAAGCCCUCCAAGAAUCCGAGAAGGGUUUAUUCAGAUUUGGGAUUUAGGAACAAUUUGUUGGAUUUGAUGGCCGAGCCUGAUGUAGACUCUGAGAAUGAAGGAGAGGAUAUGAUUGAGCAUAAACAACAGAGUUCAAGUUCUAUUUAUAGGUUCGGAAGUGAAAGAUAUAAUGAUAGGGGAAGAACUUCUCUUGCGCGUGUUAAUGAUGGUGUGAAUCUUACUCAGUUGCGGAGGAGUAUGUUGGACAGUAGAAGACUUCAAACUGAUAAAUGAGAUGAGUGUGUUUGAUGCCUGAUGUAGAUUUUGAGUAUGGAGGAGAUGACUUGACAGAGUUCUAGUUCAAGUUUUAGGUUCGUAAGUGAAAGAUAUACAUAUAUUUUUUGAUUCGAGGGAAAGGCUAGAGAAUACUUUACAGGCAAAAGCAAAGGGGCAGAUGUGAUAGUUAUAAUGACUAGGAAAGAACUUCACUUGCAAGUUUCAAUGAUAGUGUAAAUCUUACUAAGUUGCAGAGGAGUAUAUUGGACAUUAAAAGAGCUCAAAAUGGUUAAUGAGACGGUUGUAUUUGCUUUCAUUGCCAGCUUAAUAUUCAGCAAUUGGACUACUUCUAACUCGGAUGUCAUUCUGCGGCUAUCAAUGGUUUCUUGCAAAGAAAUCGAGAGUGUAAUGUAAGCUACUAUUCUUGUAUUGGUUAUUGGAUGUUGUUUGUGUGGAUCACAGAUCACUUGCUUUUUUUUUUUUUGUUAUGUUUCCAAUCAUCUAUUCAUUGUUCAUUAUUUGCUCUGUUCGUUUAAUUGUUGAUAGAUUUAGCUCAAUCUAUAAUUGUGAGGUGCAAAGUAAAAAAUGUCUCAUAUGAAUGCUAAUUGUUGAGCUAUUGUAUAGUCUAUUACACGAUUUGUUUCGAAGUAUCGAACAUUGGCUAACCAUUGUAAGCAGUGUUUUGUUGAAUGAAUUCAGUUGUAUAUCUCUCUAUCCAUACAAAAA